CGGAUGCCCACCACCGGCAAUGGUAUCAGCCUCAGCCAACGCUGCAAGCCAGUCACAGGACUACGCUCUUGUCGCAGACCGUCAUCAUCAUCUUCAUUUGCAUUAAUUUUCUGGUUACCAGCCCAGAUUCACUUGCGGUACAAUGUCUGUCACAACAACGAGCAACCCGUUGACCCAGACGCUAUUGCUUGCCUUGACAGAUUACGAUCUCCAUCAUUCAGGAGACCCUGAAAACCCUCAACGCCCAGCAGAUCCGAACACAACUCCGAGUGCGACGACACUGACACAACAAAACCCAGCAUGGUGGCCUAACGAUCAUCGGCGCAUACCGCCUCAUCGACCCAUCAAUCGAGAGCUCGAUAGAGACCUGCGGCCAGGUGGCACCAACGUGGUAGAGCAAGCGUUCAUUUAUACUAUGCUCAGAGGAGUUCAAGUCCAAGCCAACGUCUCGACAGCAUGGCGUACUACAGGCGGCCAAUUGAACGAUCAUAUCUUCCGCACGCCCAUCGGAGGCGAGAGAUAACAUCGUGCUCUAGUGUCUGAUAGUCUCCUACAUCUCAAUAUCAUGUAACUGCUACCGCUGACGUUGGGUGACACAAC